AUGGAUAAGAAGGUGGAAGAGUUUGUAAAGUCAUGCAGUGACUGCAAUGUAUUUGUGGAUAAGAAGACGAAGGAGCCAAUCAAACCACACCGAUUACCAGAGAAGUGUUGGGAAACAGUUGCAGUGGAUUUAUUCGGACCAAUGCCAUCAUCUAAACAUGUGGUGGUAGUACAAGACCUAGCGUCAAGAUACCCUGCAGCAAAGUUAGUCACAUCAACAAAGGCAGACAAAGUCAUACCAGCCUUGACAGAAAUUUACGAAACAUACGGCAACCCAGAUGAACAGAUCUCAGACAAUGGUCCACCAUUCAACAGCAUUCAGAUGCAAAACUUCGCCAAGACCAAAGACAUCAAGUUACAGAAAUCGCCACCACUACACCCUUCCUCGAACCCAGUCGAAACCUUUAUGCGGCCCUUGGGCAAGGCUAUGAAAACUGGGCGUCACAGUGGUAUUCCCGAAAAAGAAAGCCUAAAAAAUGUCUUGAAAAACUAUAGACAGACACCUCACCCGGCAACCAAUCUUCCACCGGCAGCUAUGAUUUUCCGCCAUGGACAACGCCUGGACUUUCCUAGAAGACACGCAACAGACGAAGGAUGA